AUGUCUGCGUGGGCAACAGCACCAUUCGAAAGCCUGUAUAAUUCUAUCGAGUCUGGCUCCUUCGAUCACUCUCAGUAUGAACAGAUACUUCGGCAUUUGAAAACUUUAAAUGUGCUUAGAGGAAAAGCGAAAAACGCAACGAGCAGAGCUCAACUAGAGAAAGGCGAGGUCAAGCUGUCAUCAGGGGAUACCCAUAAAGUAGCCAAGGAUGUUGUGAUAGCAGCCGUGAUGCUCUCCGACGAGUUGAAUUUGGAUGAGCAGAUUUCAGCUAAGCUCAUACUUUUGAAUUGUGACACUGAUUCAGAAGAAGAGAACUUGGAUGUUGCACUAAUCAAUGGGGCCAAAAUAGCUUUCUAUCUCAGACGUCAGUACGUGCUGCAGAUAGUGUGUUACAUCGUCAACUGUCUGGACCCCACCGACAAGAUAUACGUGGAUUUGAUCGCGGAUGGUACUUUGGUGAAAAACACGAUUUCCGCGUUCAAGGAAAUUGAGACACAAUUCGAGGAAAUAAAACAACUUGUCAACAAGAUGAAGCUUUUGGACAGGUAUGACGCAUACGCUAAGCAAAAUGUGCGCUUUAGGCGGGACUUUCUUCUUUCAGAAUACGAUACAAUGAGCCAGAUUCUUCACGGUUUGAUCAAGAAUGGCCCUUUUAUGCAAAAGGACAGAUUGCUGGAUGUUGUGAAUGAAGUGUCCGAUAUGGACCCAAGUGAUUUUCUCAUUGUCUACUUCCUUCCUUCUCUUUUACAAGCCUUUUCACAGCUAGACCAACUUUCUGAUAAUGAUGUGAAAGAAUUACAUGAAAUAUUUCUCUCUGAGUUGAAAAGCGACGCCAUCUACGCAAAACCACUGAAGGUGUCGAUCAUAUUUUCCUUUUUAGCAUUUUUCAUCGGAUGGUGUAAAGCUGCUCCUUCAGCAAGAGCAUCCACUUACGACUUCGCCAGUGCUGUGGAUGAACCCAUGACAAGAGCUGUAAAUUUGGGGGCCAUUGAACAAAUAAUGGCGUUUGCAGCCGACACUUCCGCAUUGGAGCGAGACAAUAGUAUAGAGCUCUUCUAUGACAUGAGGUCUUUAUUACAGAAGCACAUUCCGAGACUUUAUCCAAAGCAGCUAACAGACAGCGAUCAAGCCUACAAUGAAAAGGGCUCAAAAGAAUCAGGCUUCGAUAUCAUUCACUUAUCUCACCAAUCUCUGAACAUACUGCUACCGACAUUCCAUCAUUUGCUGCAAGUGGUCAUAACUGACUGCGCCUUCCUUCUAACAAAAAUGAAAGACGCAGAGGAGGAUUCCCUGCUUUCUGGAGAGGAUUUGUACCUAGAUGAGAUAUCUGCUAAGGCUGAUCUAGAACGGUUUUUUUUGACUAUACACUACUUUUACGCUUUCAGGCCUGAGUAUUGUGCGGUCUUCUGGCAAGACAAGGAAUCCAAUGCAUAUGGCUUUAUAGAGUGGGCUAUGAAAUGUACUGAUACAUUAAUGCGCUCUUCAGUAUUCUUGAUGCUAUCAAGCAUUGCAUUUGGAGGUGAAAACUCACUCAAUGUUUACCACUACAUCAAUCAGAAUCUCCAUUUUUCGUGGAGCCAUAUUGCGCAAAUCAUUAGCGAAUACAUUCUUAAGAUAUCGGAUGUGGAAAGGCAGCUUGAGGAAAGUCAAGGCUCAGUGAAAGAGCAACACGAUCUCGCAUCUGUGGCCUUGAAAAGUGGUUUGAAUGAGGAGGUGAUAGUUCUUUUGUCAUCGCUGUACACUUUAGUCGGUUGCGUAGCACACGACCUCGAUGAGGAUACCAAGUCACGUCUCUCAGGUACGUUCACCAGUAUUCUUUUCGAAUUUGUGAAGGUCAAUACUCCUCUAGUUGGCGCGGCAUUGAAGGUGUUAAGCAACCUUGUGCCACAGAAUGAAGCAAAAAGAAGCAUCUUUUGGCAAAAACUGGAUUCGUGGAUUUUCAAAACGUCGAAGUUGUCUCUCGCUCAAAAGACUUAUCGCGACGCUUACAAAAGCAUUUUGACUACUUUUUCAGAUGUCACAGGAUUUCUUAUUCUUUUGCACAAACUCCUUCGCGUGUGCUCUAAAGGAUUAGGAGGCUAUCUCACCUUUGGGCUACUGCCUUUCCCACCGAAGUUGGGAAAAGGUUACAGGAGUGUGGGUAUAUGGCCGUACUUUGACUACUUGUUCAAUGAAGUUUUUGUUCAGUCCCGCCUGCUUAGCGACGCGACAGAGAGAGCGGCCAUUCAAAAGCCAGUCUUGCAAAUCAUUGAUCAAGCACUACAUUCUUUUGAUUAUUCGGUCAUAUUGGACUCCAUUCCUGCUGGCUCAAACUUGAACGACCUGGUGGCGACAGAUGAUUUUUUCAGCUAUGUCCAAGAAUCUCCUGCCACUGCUGUCAUCAACUACCUUUUUGAGGAUAAAGUGUUCACGGUUCUGUUCGAAAUUGCCUCCGUCGGGGUUGAUACCGUUACUUCAAGCUUACGAAAUUCCAAUGAACCUAUCGAGCUUUUGGGGUUGGCGAUGAAGAACAUAGAACAGCUUCUGCUAUGUCAAGAAACAUAUGUGGAAGAAUUGUGCCCCAUAGUCAAGAGGCUUGCCCAGGAUGAUUUUUUCCUUCCUCAAAAUUUUGGCCUACAUGGUCUGAAGUCUUUCUACAAUGCUAUGUUUUUCGAUCUACCGAUGGUAGCGCACUUUGGACUGUACGUUGGAUUAGAGAACUAUUCAGUUGCUAAACACUCGAUUCAAAUUUUACAGAAAUUGGCCCGGGAAAUGAAAGGUAGCGACGAUAAGGCAAUCAUGAAGGACACACUACUUAAUCUCUUUGAUUCUGUGGAUGAGUCUGCACGUUUGAAAGAAGCAUUCAUUGCGCAGCUUCUGAGUCCGAUCAUAGAUCACAGGGCUUUAGAACUUAAAAUUGGGAUUUUGAGCUUUUUGGCGCAGAAUCUUUCCUACACCGAUAGACAGCCGUCCGUUGCGCACUUCCUACUUGGUUUCUCGAUAGAAAGUACGAUAUCCUUGGGGCCAGAACUAUCAAGCUUCAUAAAUUCCGGACACUCAGUUCUAAAUGCCAUUAUCUUUCUGCUAACAUCUUCUCUCGAAACAAUGAACAGUAUCAAUAUUGAUAGCUCACCUUCAGAGCUAGCGAUGCACUCAAUGGAAAUUAUUUUGAAAUUGAGCCGCAACCCGUUGACCUCCACUAUGAUACUCAACCGCUUCAGUGAAUCAGGCUUGUUCGAGAAGCUUCUGAUGCUCGAUCCUAAAGUUAGUCUCAAGACCAAAUGGUCAAUGGAGGCAAUCCCAAGUAAUGUCAUAGGCAGCUCGCCAAAAUAUUGUAGCGAGAAAGCUGCCAGUUCAUUUUUGAAAUUUUUGACUUACAGAACAUUUUUCUUACAGUUUUUGAGCUUGGACAUUCACAAACUAAGCACUCAAUCGCUCAUGACUACGAUAAAAUCUAGAAUGGAACUCCUCAUCUCAGAUGCUGCUCAACCACCCCGUAUACUCUCUUACCUUGAUGUUUUGGGAUUUGAGCUAGCCAGUCUGCCGGGCGAUUUUGCGAAGAACUUAGUUAUAUGCGCGAACUUAGAUUUGAGCGGACUAAAAGUGGAAACCAACUUUUCUACCGGUGAAGAGACUUAUGACAUGACUCGUCUGCAUUCAUUGGUUCAGUUAAGGGUUCAUUCUUUGACCAAAAAUAUUCCGAUCGUGACACCGGAUGGCAACAUAUCAGAUACAGAGGCUUUGGUCAAGAUAGCGGACAAAGAGAAGGCCAUGUUAACGAAGUAUAUGUCUUCGUACUUCUCAUACCAAAAGUUCAAGUCUUUGCAAUUGUCGGUGCUUCAUUCAUGGGUUCAGCUUGUCCAGGUUGUUGUGCUUGAUGGACGGUUAACGAAGGAUGUUAGAUCAAAUUUCAUUCUCGAGCUCUUCGAAUCCUUGGUGCCCCGAAUAAUGGAUUACCUCGAAAUUGAUGUCGCAUACUCGGAAGAGAUUGUGUCACUUUGCGUUUUUCUCUACGAUAUUCAUCAUAAAGAUUCUCAAUCGCAAGUUGAAAGCGCUCCUGUUGACGGGAGACUCAUGGCCCUCUUUAUGGCUUGCAUCAACGGAAUCAGAUCUCCGCUCUCUACUCUUUCCUUAAGAUCGGAUUUCUAUGCUCUUUCAAACAGAUUUCUGUCAAACUUAUUGGAAGACACGGAGGUAGCGAAGCAGAUAGCUCAAAAUUUGAAGCUGUCCAGCGACCGGCUGAUAGAAGUUGUAUUCAACGACGCUGUAUCCGGUGAAGGUUCUUCUCGAAUCACUGGUAUACUUUUCUUGGAUUCUCUAUUCCGGCUUGCUGGGCUCCAUAAGGUCAACUUCGUAUUAGAGACUUUAACCAGAAAGAACAUGCUUCUUUUGAUAGGGCAUUCGCUCAAGGCCACUGACGAUUUCUUAAGCUCUGCACUGGAAGGAAGAAGCCUAGAUGAUCUGUUGUACGAACUGACCGCCUUCAAAGCCACAGUCCAAUUUCUCAUUCGAGUUGCAGAAACUCGUAGCGGUGCGCAGGCUCUGGCCCAAAAUGAUAUAUUUCAUGUUAUUGAAACAUGCUCGUUUUUAAAGGUUGAUCCUGAUUUGGGUCUCGAUCUCAAAUUUAACGCUGACAACAUCAACGACUCGAAUCCUGUACAUGUGAGCUUGAGUCUCGACAACUCCCUAGCAUCGGAUACAGAUGCCUGCGGGCUAUCACUGUAUGAGAUUAUCGUUCCCGUUUUUCAAUUAAUGACUUCCAUUCUUCUCAGCAUGGGAAGUGCUAACAGAGCGGUAGUCAAAAGAACGCGUUCUUUGCUUGAGCAUUUCAAGAGAAUUGUUCAAGGUGUCCUUAAGCGUGAUGCUCUGAUAGAAGAGGGCGAUGCAUUGACAAGAAAACCCUUCAAUAACGAUGGUCUUACACAACUUGUGAAAUUAGUCGUCCUUUUAUGCACCCUGACUGGCUACAACGGGGACGCUUGA